UGAUGACAGAGCCGCCUGAUUCCGGCCCCAGUAUAAAAUGCUUCCGUAAAAUCGAAAGAAUUCGAUUUAACAUCUCACACUUCCAAUCCAUCCAUGGUGUCAUUAUAUUUCAAGAACUACAUCUACCACUAGAUCUCUCUCGCUUCUGAUUCGUCAACUCACAACGAUUGAUUCACUUUAUACUACGUACACCACCAUCAAAUCAAAUCAAAAUCAAUACAAUCAACAACAACAACGUCACGUCGCCAUUUCAAAAUGGGUUGGAGGAAUGAAGAAGAUGAAAGAAGAUCACCAUCAUCAUCGCCACUUGUAAACGAUGCGUUGCUUUUAACAACCAUGUGUAUCAUUGGUCUCUCUGUUGACGUUCACAUCAAGGAUGGGUCCAUCUAUUCUGGAAUCUUUCACACUGCCUGUGUUGACGACCGUUAUGCUAUUGUGUUGAAGCAAGCAAGGAUGAUCAAGAAGGGGAGUUGUGAUUCAAAUGUGGCAAAUGAGGGGGUGAUAGGAACACUUAUAAUUCAAUCAGAGGAUCUUGUCCAAGUGGUUGCUAAGAGAGUAGUGCUUCCAGCAGAUGGUUUUGUUGGACAUGAGACAGGGGAUGAUACAGGGGCAGUUGCAUGCUCUUUCCCUUCUAAUGGAACUCAACUGACUGAAGGAAAUAAAACAAUGUCCACAAAGUCAAACGUUGACCAACCUCAAGCUAAUCAAACAAAAUGCUUGUCUGGAACUGACAACGGGUUUCCUACUCACUCAACCAAUACUCUUGAAGUCAAUAAAAAUACAAAUGCCAAAGUUUCAACAAAGAAAGAAGAAGCUUUGAAGGAUUCAGAUGAUAAUAGAAAGAACAAAAGUUAUCAAAGUAACAACCAAAAGGAAUCAAUUGUGAGUUCAUCAUCAACUCCAACCGAAACCAUCACUUCAAAAAUCCCAAAUUCUAAUCAAACUGCUAAGGAAUUUAAACUUAAUCCAGGAGCAAAAUUAUUUUCUCCUUCAUUUCCAAAUAAAAGAUCAGCUACUCCUCCGGUGAUACCCACCGCAGCAAAUCUUGCAUACGUUCAGGACGGUUAUCCGGCGGUACAAGUGGCGGCACCACCGCCAGAAGUUGAAAUCGGCCCGUAUGCUCCUCGUUCUUUACCGGUUAAGUUUUUUCCUUAUGGUGGAAAUGGAGGUGGCGAUGUACAACAACAUCCUCCACCUAUUGUUGGAUAUAUGACAAAUAGAGGUCAACCGGUUAGAUAUAGCAAUCAAUAUCAUCCGGUUCAAACUACACCAACCUAUGUUCAACCGGGGGCUCAAAAUGUAAUGGUUGGAAGAUUUGGACCGGUUGUCUAUGUUCAUCCAGUCUCUCAAGACAUGGUCCCGAGCACGACGGGUUUCUCUCAAGUGAAUACAUGCUCUAUCUUGACUCCACACCAAGUACAUGUCCCUAAACACCAAGGAAGUGCAGCAGCCCAAGCAUUGCAGCUAUGUGCAACACCACCAUUUAUAGCAGCCGCCGCCGGUGGUGGUGGUGGUCAAACCCCGUUUAUGUUACCGGGACACCACAUUCCCAUUUCACAACCGCCUUACCCCAUCAUCCGCCCAAUGCCGCCCCCUGGAUCUAAUGCUUUUUUAGUAUCAAAGUUUUCUUGAAAAGGUCUUCUCUCUCAUCAAGUUUUGACAUUUUUUAAAUUUUGUGUUUACUUUUUUGGUGCUUCGUUCUGUUUUCUUUCUUUUUGUAAUUCAAAUACAGGGUGGGUUGGAAAUUGGUUAUAGCUAAAAAUAUGGUCAUAUAGAUUUUUUUUAUAGGAGUUUGAGUUUAAAACUCGUUUUGUUUGAUAAUUCGAUUCUUUUUUUUUUUGUGGGGUUAUUAGGAG